AUGGCCAGACGGAAGGUUGGUGCAGUUAACUCCUUGCUCGGAUGCCACCUCAUCCUGGUGCUGCAGGUGCUGACUCAGCUUCCAAGAUAUGCCAACUCCGCUCUGCGAUACCGGGUCGCCGAGGAAGGUCCGGCGGACGUCCGGAUUGGUAACGUCGCCGCCGAUCUCGGCCUGGCGCAGUCUGGAAUCGGGACCAGAGACGUCACCUUUGCGCUGGAGUCCGGCUCGGAUUAUUUCAAAAUCGACAAUGUGACCGGCGAGCUGAGCACCAGCAGUCGGCGCAUCGAUCGCGAGAAGUUGCCCUCGUGUGCCAUGAUCUUCGACGAAAAUGAGUGUUUCUUAAAGUUUGAAGUUUCCGUGAUCGGGCCUCUGCAAAGUUGGGUGAAUCUUUUCGAUGGAAGAGUUGUAGUUCUUGACAUCAACGAUAACACUCCGUCAUUCCCAUCUCCAGUUCUAACUUUAUCCGUCGAGGAAAAUCGUCCGAUCGGGACCUUAUAUCUCCUCCCUACUGCUACCGAUCGGGAUUUUGGACACAAUGGAAUCGACAGAUACGAGUUGGUCCACCAGGAUACCAUGCCAUCAUCCUCACGACGACCCAAUCCUAGCAUGCCUACAGGAACUGAAAGGAAUGGCAACCCUGACAGGAGACGCUCCCAAGAAUCAGGGCCCGUUCAGAAUGGACGGAGCAAUAGUGUAUUCGAGUUGCAAGUUGCAGAUACGCCUGAUGGACAGAAGCAACCACAGCUGAUUGUAAAAGGACCACUAGACCGUGAAGCACGUGAUUCCUUUGAACUUCUACUCAGGGUAAGAGAUGGUGGGAAUCCACCACGUUCCUCACAAGCUUUGCUUCGUGUCUCGAUCACAGAUGUGAACGAUAACAACCCACACUUCGAACGAGCCGUUUACGAAGCCGAAAUGGCAGAAAAUACUCCACCUGGAACUCCUGUGCUUCAAAUCCGGGCUUCUGAUCGUGACAUUGGUGUGAAUGGACAGGUGGAAUACGUGUUCGGGGCAGCGACCGAAUCUGUCAGACGCCUCCUUCGCCUUGAUGAGGCCUCCGGUUGGCUUAGUGUUUUGCACCGAAUCGACCGGGAGGAAGUUUCCCAACUACGAUUUACGGUAACAGCAAAAGACCGAGGUCAGCCACCUCGAACGGACCGCGCUACUGUAAUCCUAAACGUCCGAGAUGAAAACGACAACAUUCCUGUAAUUGAUAUCCGCAAAAUCGGACGCAUCCUCGUGCGAGACGGCGCUGCUAUGGUUCCUGAGAACGUCUUAGUGGACACUCCGGUAGCUUUGGUUCAAGUUUCAGAUCGGGAUCAGGGGGAAAAUGGAGCGGUGACCUGUACGGUUGUCGGAGACGUCCCGUUUACAUUAAAGCCAGCGGGAGAAAAUGUGCUAGCACCCCCUCCUCCUGCAGAUGAUGCUUUCGAGCGGAACAAAAAGAAGUUCUUUCUGCACACCUCUGCACUUUUGGACUAUGAAACUACAAAGGAUUACACAGUCACUAUUGUUGCCGUGGAUUCGGGGAGUCCAAGUUUAUCCGUGAACAGUACCCUGAUGGUACGAGUUGUGGAUAUCAACGAUCACGCUCCAACAUUCGCUCAGAGUCUAGUAGAAGUUCACUUCGCGGAAAAUAAUGCGCCAGGAGAAAGAGUAGUCACCGUGGUCGCUUCUGAUGCAGACAGCAGUAAAAAUGCUGAAAUCACAUAUUCCCUGGAUCCGUCAGUAAAUGGUGCUUUCUAUAUAGACGCAGAUAACGGAGACAUACGUGCAACUGGAGUGUUAGAUCGUGAACAACGGGACAGAUAUGAGUUUCAUGUCAUCGCUCGAGACAAGGGAACCCCGUCUUUACAAGGUUCCACAACUGUCGUCAUCCAGGUGACGGACAGAAACGACAACACUCCUAAAUUUGUGCAGGAUGUGUUUACAUUUUACGUUAAAGAAAACCUGCUUUCAAACAGUCCUGUCGGAAUGGUGACGGUCACUGAUGCGGAUGAGGGGGAGAAUGCUGAGCUGAGUCUGUUCAUCGAGGAGGAAGAGGACAACGAACAGGAUGACAACAGAAAGCAAGAAACGUUUACCAAAACCUUUUCCAUUGAGAACAACACAGGAACUAUAUUUUCGGCGCUGUCUUUUGACCGUGAGCGCCGUAGCUCCUAUAAAUUUUGCGUUCGCGCCAUAGACGGAGGUGACCCACCUCGAUCUGCAACAGCUACUGUAUCAUUGUUCGUCACAGAUGAAAAUGACAAUGCUCCGUUUAUUACCUCUCCAUCCAACGAGUCGUACUCACUCCUAACACCGUCCAGUGGUGCCCGGACCGUCGUAAGAACUGUAACCGCUUUGGACAGCGAUGCCGGAUCCAACGCAGAGCUACGCUUUACUUUGAUUGGCGGGAACCCCUUCCAUCUUUUCGAGAUUGGCCCAAGCAGCGGGGUCAUCACUCUAUCUGAACCGUUGGAAAGGAGGCACAGAGGACUCCACCGCCUGGUGGUACGAGUAAAUGACAGUGGAGUUCCGUCACUCUGCGCCACUUCGCUCGUCCACGUCUUUGUCAAUGAGAGUGUCAGCAACGCCACCCUGGUGGACACUCAGGUGGCACGUAGUUUGGGGGUUCCUCUUUCUCUCGACAUAGCAGGCGACCCUGAUAACGACAGAAUUCUAGGUAAGCAGCGUCUCAGCCUGGCGAUUGGAGUGCUGUCGGGAGCAGCCGCCGUGGUCCUGGUGAUCCUUUUAGUUUUGACAGCUCGGCAAUGCGGUGCUCUAGGAAAGAACGGGUACGAGGCAGGAAAAAAGGAACCGGAGGAGGACUUCUUCACCCCACGUACUACCUCACAGCCACCGCCCGAGAAAAAGAAACGGAACGAUAGCGAGAAGCGCGGUGUCAGGUCCAAAUCGGAGCGUGCGCUCUACCCUGAGAUCGUCACGGUGAACGGAUGUAGACAUCCCGGUGAGGAGGAGGAAGAAGAAGUGGAGGAGGAAGAGGAGCAGGAGGUGAGCCAGAGGAUUGGUGCUAGGCGGCACAGAUCGAGCCCUGAUCUGGCCCGUCAUUACAAAUCCAGCUCUCCGUUACCGGCCGUCCAUCUACAGACCAACUCGCCCCCGGUGGAGGGAAAGAAACACCAGGCUGUGCAGGAACUUCCUCCCACCAACACCUUUACAGGGAAUGGGAACGGAAAUGCAGACGCCAUGUCGCUCGGGUCGGACCACUGCUCCGACUACAGCUGCCAGAACGGCAGGUACAGCAAACAGCCGCAGCGUAGGGUGACGUUUUCCGUGGCGACGGAUCCUGGUUGCUAUGACAGCGGAGUGGAGGAGUCCGAGACGCCGAGCAGCAAGAGCAGUAAGAUCGGUGUCCUGUCUCUUCCUGAAGAUGGGUACGAGAGAACCACACCCGAGGGAAGUGUAGGAGAGGAGGAACACGUGGAGAACGAUUCAAGACAGCUUCCUGACGUCACCCUGACAGGAAAGUGCACCCGUGACUGUGAUGAGUUCGGCCACUCCGACACCUGCUGGAUGCCUGUGCGGUCACCACGGAAACUCCACGGCAGCGUGUUGACGCGGCCGCCGCUCUCCAGCUUCACGUCGCCAGGCGAUGACAACAACAACCUCGACAACAGCGAUGAGGAAGAGGAGGAAGAAGAAGGGGACGGAUCUGACCAAGGCAGCGGAGGGGGUGGCGCCGACGACACUCGCAGUCCGCUGGCCAACGGAGAUCCCCUGGCAUCCCGUCGCCACCAUGACCGCAACAGGAAUAUCGGUGACCACAACCGGAAUUUGCUGAACCGCAAAAUGACGUCUGCGUCGUACGACACGUUCAGCAGCGCUGGGUUCGGAAAUCAUCGCCACGGCGAGGACUCUGACGUGCCUCAUCUACGUGAGGACAUUCCGCUGACCAGGGCGGGCGGUGGAGACUUCAAAACAACGUCUUGUCUAACACUAUCGCGCAGGGAGGUUUACCUGUGAGAAACACCUGAGCUACAAACUCAAUUGAGAUACAAACUUGAAGCUGAGAUA